UCCCGGUUGCACACAAUGGUCACUUUGGCAAUUCUAAGCUUCUUUGCGAUCACGUUUUUGCGCACUUUAAUUGUUGAGCAAGUACUUGGCUGGAGUCGAUCUGUCGAUAGUGGAAAACGUCAGUGUGUGCAGUUUUGAUAGGGCUCGUGCAGUGAUCGUUCCGUUCCCGGCCCAUUGACCGUCCCCGUUGUAGUUCCUGUGCAUCAUAGAUCAGACGCAAAUGGUUUCGUCUAAAAUGACCUGGAUCGUUAAGUUUGUAAUUGUCAGUGUGCUGCUCUGUAGGAUCGUCUUAGCUGAAGGGGAUGAUUUGCACGACAUCUGCAAGAGUAUCUUUUCGUCGGACGAAGAGAAAGAGGCGUGUAAGAGCGCCUGUCAAGAAAAGCACGGCUAUUGCAUGUCGUGCGGCCAGUAUUGGGCAACGGGAGUCUGCGAUUUGUUCAAAAGAUGCAGAUGCUACAUCAACUGGGAGGAGUUCAAUCAGUACCUUUAUUGGUUCGAACGAAUUCGACCUGUCGAAGUCCUGAAACACAAAAUCAUCGGUUUGAGGGAAGGACGGGAUUGAUGUCCAAGGGUUCCAUCCGCCCUUCUGUAAUGAUCUUGUUACCGUAGAUACCGUCAUACCAUUUUACCAUUGUGUAAGACGAAGAAGAAUGUUAUUACAAGUAUAUUUCAUCAAGAA